UGUCAAAUCCGUCUGGAACGCGAGCAUAAUAGAAAUCCGGUCGCGGUACUGUUUUCGGAUUUUUGGGUGUGAAAAACAACAAGAAAUACUUCUGUUGGUACGUUUUAGCAAGUGCACCGUGUUUACAAUCAUACGCCAAGGGCUAAUUCAAUCUCUAACAAAAGAAAACAAAGGAAUUUGCUCUUUGUUUGGGAUAAAGUUUGCUAUCUAGCCGUGCAUAGAAGAUCGCGGUCGUGGAAGAAAGUCGGUCAAUCGUGAUCCACUAGCCAAAACCCCGAAUGAAGUGACGCAAAGGUGUGCGGGACACGCUUACUCAUCCGAUUUUAUCCAGGAGCGUUUAUAACUACCCAGAAAUCUUAACCCAGGGAUUGCAUCAUAGAGUAGAACAACAUCUGAUCAUAGGUGCCUAGUCUGCCCAACAAGGGCAAGCUGCAAUUGUUGGAAUAAUCGCUUAUUCGGAAUAACACACGAGCCCACAGCCUCAACCGUGGAUUGCUCAAACAGUGCAGUUGUACAGUGUGCAAGUUGUGUGUUGUAAAUUGUGCAUAAUCAAAGGCAGUGCAUCAUCACGAAGCAAAAGGAGGCAGUUCAACAUUCCAACGGUUUAAGCGGAGAACGGCGUAAAACUUCGGAAGCCAAUGAAAUUGUCGCGAGCAAAAUGAGCCUAACAGAAGAUAACGAUUAUUUGCAGGACGAUUGGCCGGAGGAAGAUUUCAUGAGUUUGCUGAAGAUGGAUGAUACAAUGCUGUUUAGCGAACCUUCCGCCAACAAUGGCGGUGGUACGGACGAGCUGGACGAUAUUAUGCGACAGCUGAACUACAGUUACUCGACGGAGUCGUAUCUGGGCGAGCAACAGGUCACAUCCCCGCUGUCGUCCGAUUCGUCCUCGGAUCAAGAUUUCCACGGUUUCCCAAGCACAACCGACGGCGGCAGCAGCAGUGCGUCGCUGGAUGGAUAUUUCGACGAGGGGUACGCAGUACGCAUGCAGGACUCUCCGCCCAUAAAGUCGGAACUAGCGAGCGUAGACUUCAAUAUGCUCAACGUACUGGAACCGGGCAGCCCAACCGAAGAAGAAGGCGUCAUCUCUUCGGCUGCCUCUGACAGUGGAUUGUCAAGCGAUCAUCUUGAUCUGGACCCGAACACGGAAUAUGAGGCACUUAGUCCCGCAAUGUCUUCACUCGGUUCGUCCAUUAGCGAACGCGGUGGCCAAAAUUCGACCCACCGUUACACAAAAUCAAGCACAGAAACGCCUCAAAUUAUUCAACAUGUCCAGCUUGCUGCAUCACAACCGGCGGCAACCCUCCCGCAAACGAUAUCUGCAGGCCAACCAACGUCACAAACCACGGUACCGGCACGUGCUGAAAAGUUCGUUACUAAAGCGAUUGUUACUAAUGCAUCCACCAGCAUGAAUCCGCAACCGAUGAAAACUUCCUCGAGCAAGAUGUCUACGGCGACCGUUUACCAACAGUUGACGGGAGCAAAAUCAUUGAUUAGCAACGGUCCCAAGAGGAUUUUCGCAUCGGCCAAUAGAAAUUCCACGGCGACAUCAAUUGUGUCUAGUGCUCCGCCGCAGCAGAUCGUAAGCAAUGGCAAAGAGCUCAAGAUAAUCCGUAUGGCAACGAUGAAGAACGGUCAAACGGUUGCAGUUGCCAGCGGACUCACGGCGGCCAGUACGACGACCAGUAACAACAAAAAGGUUACCUUGCAGCUGAAGAACUCAGCGACGAACAUGAAAUCGGCUGGUGUCAGCGGGUCGGUUAUUCCCAAAAAUGUGGUGCUGACUUCGUCGUCGGCAAACGCUUGCAGUCCCGGCACCACCACCGUGCCCGGUGUGCGUAAAGUUAUCCGCAUGCAGCAGCAAACGCAACAGAACGGACGCCAAAUACUCGUCCCGGUAACGAUUCAAGAUCUCCGAACGAUUAAGAUCGUCAACUCCAACAAUAUGAAGCAUAAGUCGGCCAACAUCAAGCUGGCUGCGGCUAACAUGCUGCAACAGUCCAAGCAGGGUCUAAUACAGAAGAACAUGGUGCUAAGCAAGGAUCAGCUCCUGAUUGAUGACGGUCUGUCGGACGCUGCGCCGAGUUCGUCCGAUUCGGAAAGCUACGUGUUUGAGGACAUCAUGGAGCAGAGCAACUCGGUGAUUGCCGAGGUAGAACGCCAGCAGAAGCAUAUCAUCAGCGAUUCCGAUGUCGAACCGGACGGGGACGAUGGUGAUGACGACGAUAUCGAUAUGGAUGACAUCGGUAAAGGGCGCAAUCAGAACGGCACCUACCAGAAGCUGAUGUUGACGACGGAGGAGAAACGCCUGUUGGCGAAGGAAGGCAUCUCCCUACCGACCAGCUAUCCGCUAACCAAACACGAGGAGCGUGAGCUGAAGCGCAUCCGGCGAAAAAUUCGCAACAAAAUCUCGGCCCAGGACUCCCGCAAGCGCAAGAAGGAGUACGUCGAUGGGCUGGAGGAAAGAGUGAAACAGUGUACGGAAGAGAACCAGAAUUUGGUGAAACGAAUCAAGAUUCUGCAGAGCCAAAAUCACGAUCUCGUUAGCCAGAUGAAACGCAUCCAGUCGCUGCUGACGAAGGGCACCAGCAAGACUACACAGCCUGCCACCUGUCUAAUGGUGCUGUUGAUCAGCAUGGCUCUCGUCGCCGUUCCAAACCUUAAGCUUGGCAACACGGCCACCCAGCAAAACAUUCAAGACUCGAUAGAGAUGUCUGAGCUAAUGCAGGAGGUGGCAAACGAGAAGCUGCAGGUGCAGCAGAGUCGUCGCUCGCUGCUAUUCGACACCAAGGAGCAAGCCCAUGGCAGCGAUGAAGAGUUGAACUUCGAAGAGAUCAUGUCCUCGUUCAACGCCAACUCGUUGAUCGCGAAUGAGCACGACUAUUUCAGCGAGGCUGAUGGUCGUUCCGGCAACGAGCCACCUUCAGCGAAGCGCUCCAAGCUGCUGACGACCACACUCAUAGACUACGAUGUGGACGAUGACAUUUGGAACGGUGGUAACAAGAUCCGCAUCAAGCAGGAAGCGGCGGGAUCUAUGUCACCGGACAGUAGCACCACUGUCGGCACUAACAGCCAGCUGUUUGAGCAGAAAGUGCGUUUAUUCCAGUCCACUUUGCAGAAGAGCAUUCGUGACGAAGAAAAUGGUAUGGCGCAAGAGUUUUUCGCACAGGACAACAUCAACAGCCAGGUGAUUGUGGAUCGCGAGUUGUUCGAUUUGGUCGGCAAGCACGAUAACGGACUGUACGAGAUGAACCACGAUACAUUCGCGGGUCUGCAGACGAAGGGCAUGAACGGUGUAAACGGUAUCGAUCUGCUGGGAGUCCGCUCCGAACCAACGGUCGUUGUUAAUGCCGACUCGACAGCGGCUGAGCCGAACGAAGCACGAAAGAUGAACGCUUCACAGCAGAUUCAGCAGCAAAACAACAAGCGUAAAUUGCUGCUUUAAGCAAAAAACCACGGCACCAUUUGUUGCCACCGUACGUUAGAUGUUGGCUGUUUAUCAUAACGACGUUUGCGUGUCGUCGUCAUGAAAAAAAGUUGUAAAUACAUGUUUAGGAACAUAGCUUUAGAAAACGAACGAUGUCCCAUGUUCGUUUACCAUUUUCAUUUAUCCGUACAUGGUAAAACUUUGCUACAGGUAAUGCAUUUUGUCCAUUUAACUGCGGGGCGUGUGGAAGAGGCAUGGAAAACAUGUCACCUGGACACCUUUGCCUAGCAUCGUUUUGACUUCGUACGUACUGUCGCUUUUAAGGAGUGUAGGCUGUAGGGUUGACAAAAUGCGCCGUCAAGUAUUUUAUUAGUAUCACAAAUUUGACGUAAGCAGCAAAUAAUGUUCCGCACUAUUCACUAGAUACGUAGGUGUUAUUCAUGUUUUUGUGCUAAGAGAUUUAGUUUAGCGCUGUGUGUUGAAGAAAACAAACUGGUUUCUUUUUAUGGCAAACGGCAAAUUGCUUUGUUUUGUUUUUAACUACUUGUUGAUGCUUUCCUUCCCCUUCUCUGCCAUUUAUUCGUUCUUGCUUUUCAUUGCGUUUAAGAUGCUACAACGAACGAAAACCGUUCUUCACAGCUAGAACUAUGGAAUGUGCAAUCUAGAUAAUUUUGUAUCGUUUUGGCUUAAACACGAAAAUUAGUAGCAGAAGACGAACAGCGUUUGUUCAAAUCCAGCCGUUAGUUUUAUGUGCGUGAGAAAGUAUAUUCGUUUCUGUGUUCGAAUAUAAGUGCUACUGUUUGUUUAACUUAUGUGCAAAUGUGAUGGAAGCGGGUACUGGGUUGGGCUUGUUUGACAUGCGCAAUAUUCCAAAACAGUACACUAUGCAACAAUGCCGGGUAGUCUAUAAGCAUGUGGAAACAGUAGUGAAAGAAUAUUUAAACUGUUUUACUUUCCCGAUUUCCUUUUCUGUUUGUCAAGCAUUGUUCAGCAUUAUAAUAGUAGUAAUGAUAACUAAUGCAAUACAAUUA